UGCAUUUAAGUUGUUCUGGCUGGUGGUGGCCCAACACCCUAUUAAGACACUAUGUUGGUGUUUCCUUUAUUUUGUCAGUUACCUGUACAUUCACACACAAUCCUUGAUAUCCUUAAAUCAGUCACUACUACAGAACCCUCACUCACUCACUCACUCACUCACUCACUCACUCACUCACUCACUCACUCACUCACUCACUCACUCACUCACUCACUCACUCACAUUGGAGCAAAUGAAAGUGAGUGGGUUUCAUAUCUAAUCCCAUCUCAAGCACUGUCCCACUCCCUUGUACCCCACGCCCUCCCCCCAUCGUUAACCCCCUGCUGGCCCACUCCCAUCCCUUCCCCCACCACUCUCCUAUGCUAAUGCAGACCAAGCCUGCAGAGGAUACGUGUCACCGCCUGCCUAGUAUAAAUACACCAAUCCCCUCCCUGUCAUACAGACCAUCACCACAAACACCCAGACACUCUCUCCUGUGUGGAUUUCCUUUCCUCCUCCCGGGAUGAUGCCCGUUCCUGCUCCUCAUCCUCGCACCACCUCUAAGAGGACCUCUCCUCGUGCUCCUGCUCUCCUCGUGCUCCUGCUCCUCCUGCUUCCAGCUGGGCCUGGCUGGAGUGUCAGGCUGGAGGCAGGACCUGGAGCUGGGAGUGGACCAGCGGCUGGUACAGUAACCAGGACCAGGGUCAGAGUUGGGUCUAGAGUUAAAGCUGGGUUGGAGACUGCGGAUGAGGCCGUGGCUGAAGAUAGAGCUGGUGCUACCAUCCUGUCCGUCAGCAGUGAAGGGCAGUGGGAGCCUCGGAGCUCCUCCCGCUGUGUGCCCAUCCCGGCGGGCAUGGCCCUGUGCCAGAACAUCGGCUACGCCACCAUGAGGAUGCCCAACCUGCUGGGGCACGAGUCGCCAGGCGAGGCCGUCCAGCAGAGUGCCAGCUGGCUACCCCUGCUCGCCCGGGAGUGCCACCCCGACGCCCGCAUCUUCCUCUGCUCGCUGUUCGCACCCAUCUGCCUGGACAGGUUCGUCUCUCCGUGUCAGAGUCUGUGUGAGUCAGUGCGGGACAGCUGCGCGCCCAUCAUGGGUUGUUAUGGUUACCCCUGGCCAGAUAUCCUUCGCUGUGACCAGUUUCCUGCCAACCACCUCAUGUGUAUCUCCUCUGUCACCAACACCAGCACAGGAGGGCGCAGAGCAGUGCCCCAGGCUAGCUGUCGGGACUGUGAGCUGGAGGAGGCCUCGUCUGCCAAGGACGUGCUGGAAACUUUCUGUAGGAGUGACUUUGUGGUGAAACUGCGUCUCACGCAGCUAAAAUCCAGUCAGGUGAGUUUGGCCCAGUUCUCCCUGGCCUCUCGUCUGCAGGUUCUGAAGCACGGGCCUCUCCUGGGAGGACAGAUCCGCUCCCGCCUGCAGCUGUGGCUGGAGAGAGACGCCAGCUGUGUACGGAACAUGACGCGGCGUCAGCCCCGAGGCGGGACCUUCCUGGUGACGGGCACGGUGCAGGGAGAAUGGCUGGUGGUCAACAAGGCCUUUGCCUGGAACAAACACGCCAGGAACCUGAUGGCUGCAGCCCGCAAGUGGAAACAGCACCGAUGUAGAGGCUAGCAGGGGCUCUGGCUAGGAGCUGAACUUGAGGUCUGAAAUGGGUCUGAGCUGAGCUAUAGGUCUAGGUGUACAGAGUCAGGGAUGUGAUUAAAACACCAUAUGACAUCAGCAGGGAGAGAGGAGGUUGUUUGGGGGAGGGUACAUUUCUAUGAUAGACUUCCUGGAUUUGAAUUACAUCCUUGGAGAGCUGGAUGUUUCAGAGAGCACCAUCCUGAGCUCAGGAGAGGACGCUGCAAAGGACAAGACCUUCUGUGUUUCCUGCAAAUGUACAUAUCUAUAAAUUAUAAGUAAAUAUCACUGAUCUAUAUUUGUGAGAGGUUGACUGAAAUUAAAUGAGUGUUUUCAAAGUG